CAAACCAUACCUUUCCGGCAUUUGAGGUAGCACACGAACGAUGGAUCCACUUAGCAUCAGCGUGAGCAUCAUCGCCAUCCUUGAAGCAUCUCACGCCGUUCUAUCUAUCUGUUACGAUUACCGCGCCGGCGUGAAGGGGCUCUACCUGGGGACUAACCCGCUCGAAACUCUUGGAAGUCUCACGCCAACCGCCUCAGUCACCUCGGAGGAACACAAUGCAAAUAAAACUACAGCGUCACGACUCCCGACAUUAUAUCUACUCUGCAAGCCCAAUGGCGAUAGAAGAGCAUUAUUAGACCUUUGUCUAGAGGAGCUCAAAACGAUCGAGAGGAAGCUAACGCCACCAGGAUGGGCAGGACCGGCGGGUUCGAAGAGGUUGGCAAUCGUUCGGGCACUAGGCUGGCCGUUCCAGGAGAAUGACUUCACGGAGAGGUUGGAGACAAUUGGGAGGUAUAGGGAUACAUUGAAUUUCGCUAUCACUGCAGAUGAAACGGCCUUCGUGCUAAAGAUUGACGAAGUGGUGCAAGCAAUACGGGAGGAGACAUUGGGGGUCCAUAAUGAGGUUGGCAGGGCGAUCAAAUCAAUUAAUAGCAUCAAGAUCGAUCCAUCCUCGAAUCACGUCGAUGCACUUAGAAAACGACAAGCGACGACAGGUUCAUGGUUCAUUGGGGGCGGAAAGUUUGCCUAUUGGAAGACAACCCCGAAUUCAUUUCUAUGGCUUUACGGAAUUCCUGGGUGCGGCAAAACUAUUCUCACUUCGACGAUAAUCGAAGAAGUACGAACUCAUUGCGAGCUGAAUCUUGAUAUAGGGGCUGCUCCGAAACCACCUCCCACUUGGGCAGUCGCUUACUUCUACUUCGACUUCAGCAGUCAAGGUAAGCAGAAUCAGGAGACAAUGAUCCGGUCGCUCAUCAAACAGUUAUCCGAGCAAAAUUCACACACUUCGGAGGCUCUGGACUCACUGUUCUCUUCAUGCACCAAUGGGAAUCGUCCACCAACGACCGAAGCUCUUCGAACUUGCUUGGGACUAAUAAUUGCGGAAUUUGACCGUGUAUUCAUUAUUCUCGAUGCUCUUGACGAAUGUGCCAACAAGGACGAGCUUAUGAACAGUAUUCAAGAAAUUGUCGGUUGGGAUCUUGAGAUGCUGCAUGUGCCAGCCACAAGUCAGAAGAAGAAAGAGAUCGAAGAUGUACUUGAUCCCACCCUUACAGACGAGCAAAAAGUCUACAUCCAAAGUGGUUUGAUUGAAGGAGACAUUCGUGCAUGCAUCUAUGCGCGGCUUCAGACUGAUAGGAAGUUGAAGAGAUGGCAGAAAGAUGAGUAUUACUUACGGAUGAUCGAAACGACAUUGAUAGGAAGAACUGACGGAAUGUUUCGGUGGGCUGCGUCCUACUCGGCUCGACCCCUUCGAAUUGAAGAAGUCGCCGACGUAAUUGCUGUCAACGUCAAAAGCAAACCUCGAGCUGAUCCCGAUUCCAUACUCCCAGAGCCGCGAGACAUACUUACCAUCUGCUCCAGUCUCGUUACAACAUAUGAGGAUGCAGCAUGGCAUUCUAUUGGGAAGAGUGUAGGGGAACAAAUCAGACUAGCACAUCUGUCUGUCAGGGAUUAUCUUACCUCAAAACAAAUCUUGGAUGGCAAAGCUGCUCACUACAGCAUCCAGGAAACUCAUGCCCACGAGGCUAUUGCUGAGAUAUGUCUUGCAUAUCUCCUGCAGUUUGACAAACCCGACUCGUUGUCUCGGGUAGCCGCCAACGACUACCCUCUUGCCCAGUACGCAGCAGAGUACUGGGCCCAUCAUGUUCGAGCGUCUGGAGCUGAGAAAAGCCAAAUUGUUCUACUGAUCAUGGAACUAUACUCUGAUUAAGACGCGUUUUCCAAUUGGCUCCAACUGUUUGAUCCAGACGAGGCUAAAACUUACGCAUUACUCCGG